AUGCAUCAGAGCAAUGCUGCAGUGGCGGCCGCUCUUCAUGGCACGGUGGCUCCAGUCUGCAGGGUUGCAGCAUCUGGCUUCUCCAUUGGCUUCGAUUGGGAUCGACCAUCGCCUCCUUCCCAAUCUCCUCAUGCAGAAACCCCUGAAACUGAACCUGGGCGCGAGCAACUGUAUCACUACUUGUCUUUUGGUUGGCUUUGUGGUGGAAUUAUAGAGGAGACCAUUUCAAAGGAAAGAGACCUGCUUGUUUGCUGCAUUUGCCGUCGCAAACACGGUGUCUGCAUAAAGUGUAAUCAUGAUGACUGUCAAACUGCAUUUCAUCCUACUUGUGCUAAACGUGUUGGCCUGCAUAUGGAUGUGAAGACUGGUGGAGGCAAGUUUUUUCAGCACAAGGCUUAUUGUGAAAAGCAUAGCUUGGAUCAGAAAAAGAAGGCUGAGAGUCUGCAACAUGGACUUGAUGAGGUCUGCCGCAUUAAGCAAAUCCGGCCAACAGGCCUGAGAUACCUGUUGAGGUUGCAGAGCCUGCUACACACAAUUCGAAUGGAGAAUAUUGGUGGAGGCAAUGAUGACGUUGGCCUGGAAGCAGCAAAAGAUGGACGGGCAGUGUUAUCUCGGGGUCUGCCAAGCACGACGGCACCGGUGAUGAUGGGCGCGACCAUGACUUUGUAUUAUUUGUAGAACCUAAUGUUAUGUAACAGUUUGAUUGAGUUAAACUUUAAGUAGACUGUUGUUAACUGUUUUGUUGGUAUUGUGGCUUUCAUGAUUGAUUGUUU